GGGUGUUUACUACAAUUGGAGAUUAUCCAAUCUUUGGAUGAGGAUAGAGAAGUGAAAUGGAUUUUGGGAAGAAAAUUUUGUAGACAUUUUUCGAUUUUUUUGGCCAUAAAUUUUGUAUUUGGCGUUGAGCUGGGCUUUUCGGGGGUUUUAUAAACAGUAACUACGUAACAUAUACAUACAAUAAAUGGUUUAGUGAAAAGCGUUUGAAUCUUAAAAAUUUAUUAGUGCAUUAAAUAAUAAUAUAUGCAUGUGAAUUUUCGUGAAUGUUAUAUAUAUAAAUAUUAAAUAUGAGUGAAUUUUAAGUUAAGAAUUUCACUCGAAACGAAAAAGAAUUCAAGAUAAUGAAAUUUUUUGAAAAUUUAUGACAGCUGACAGAAAUUUAUAUGGGAUGUUAUUUUUCUAAAUCUACUGUAAAUUUUAUGUUUAAUUUUUAAGGAGAAAGUUUGUAUGUUUUAAAACUAUAAAUUAAACGAAUAAUCGAAGAAUUAUCGUUAUUUAUAAAUAACUGUCAAGUGUCAACAUAUUUAUUUACAUUUCAUUAUUAAAUAGACAAUCUUUAUUCUAAUAGCUUUUAUUUAAUUUAUUAACUGAAGAAACGACAUCGUAGUAUCUAUGGUAUAUGCUAUUUUUUUCUUUUCAAAGAAAGAAAUUGAUCUAUUAAGAUGAAAUUAAGGUAGAUCUAGAGAGAGAGAGAGAAAUUAAUGGCAAUGGAGAUGGAGAUGAUUAGCAAAGAAAAAAGAAGAGAAAUAAUGUUAAGAGAAUUUGAUUGCAUAGGUCGUGUUCCUCCUACUCCACCACCAUCUCCAUCCCCUGCUAAUUCAUCUAUCCAUUCUCAUCAUCAUCAUCAUAAUAUUCCAGCUGGUUUAGAACAUAAAAAUUUUACUCAAGAAAAUUCAGGGGAAAAAAGUGUUAUCAAAAGCACCCAACUUGAGGAGUUAUUAAUGGAGAAGUGUUUAAAGAAAUUAGACCAUGAAUUGAAAGAUGAAAAAGAAAUAAAACCAUCAUCAAAUAUUGUGGAAAAGCCAACAAUUUUCACUUCAAAAAGACUUAAUUCCAGCAUAAUAGCUUCAGAGACUACAAGAAUAUUUUGUGCUCUAAUAAUAGCAUUAUUGGUAGUGUUAUCAUAUGUUGAUUAUGCAAUAUUUGGGAGAAACAUAGUGAGGGCUGAGAGUGUUGUAGCUUCAAGGCCUCUUUACAUUCUUCUACUAACUGAUGUCACAAUUGUAUUUGCUCGAUUAUACCUCGAAAAUCGAGGCGGCUAUAACAGUCUAGAGGAGGAAGAAGAAAUAAUGCCUCAGGCUCAAGAUGAUAAUGGACAUAAUUGGAUUCAAGCUGUUAAAGUUUUGGAGAGAGGUUUGGUUGUUUACCAAGCAAUUCGUGGGAUUUUCAUAGAUUUUAGUUUUUAUGCAGUUGUUGUCAUUUGUGGCCUCUCUUUCCUAUAAAUUAUGUGUAUUUUUCAUUAGUUGAUUUUAAGUCCUGUGUUUUUCCUUUGGCAUAAUAAGUCAUUCUAAUGAUAUGAAAUAUUUUUUUUUUUCUAACCCAACUAUGUUUUUUAUUAUUUAGUGAGAAAUGGUUUAGUGUUUUUAUUAGGUUGGGUGGAUACCUUAUUACCAUCUACCAUGUUUUGUCCAGUUGUAAAGGACCAUAUAUAUAUGAUACUGAAUUAUGAGAUUCAUUAAAUGAAAAUUGGGGACCAAUUCAAA